AUGGCUCGGAUUACCCCCCCACAUCUGCAGGCGCCUGGCACGGCUCUGCUCCUGCUCGCCGUGGUCCUGACAGGUGAUGCGAUCGCGCAGGUUUUUGACAGCUACGGAUUAUCCUACGCCCUCAGGUCCGAGCUGACGGAGGACACCAUCCUGGUCGCCAACAAUGGGAUCCGCGUUCCUUUCGGGAGGUCGGUGUUCGUGGACCCCAUCAACGACCUGGUGGUCCAGGUCCAGCCCGGGGACAGAUGCAGCAUCACGGUGCUGGACAAUGACCCGCUGUCCCAGAGGCCCGGGCACCUGUCCCCGAAAAAGUUCCCCUGCGAAUUUGGCCCCAACGACGUGAAGUAUUCCCACUUCGGCUCCAGGAGUCCCCCCAGGGACAGGGUGACCCUACAGCUCAGGUAUGACACCCAGACUGACACCAUCAUCAUCCCUUUCAUGAUGGAGGUGGAGGUGGUCUUCACACAGCUGGAGGUCCUCACCAAAAACAUGCCACUCACCGUGGAGAGGCUGCUGGGAACCAGUAACCCCAUUGACAGGCGAAUCUUAGAGUUCACGUUUGACAGAAGUGCACAACAAUGCAAGAUCGCCUCUCUCUCCAGUGGCAGUGUGAUGCCCAGGUAUGGGAAACUUGUGGAUGAGGACAGACUGGGAGCCAUGGUGGACUGUGAUGAAUUUAUUAAAAUGAACAUCCGCUAUCAGCACACUUUUGCUUUGAAGUCGCCAAACAGAGAUUAUAUUCCAAUGCUGGUGGAGCUGCACGAUAAGGAGGGCAAUUUGCUCAAGCAGGAAUUCUUCCAAAUUUUAGUCCGGAUUAGAGAGGGAGAGGAGAACACGGCCCCUAAACCCAGCUUUGUGGCCAUGAUGAUGAUGGAAGUGGACCAGUUUGUAAUGACGGCUAUAACCACAGACAUGCUGGCAGCUGAGGACGUUGAGUCUAGAGAUGAUGAAUUAAUUUUCAACAUCACCUCCCCCCUGUCCUUUGAGGAGGGCUACAUAGUGAGCACGGAUGAUAGGAAUUUACCAAUCACCUCUUUUUACCAGGGGGACCUCAAAGACUUGAAAAUCGCCUACAAACCCCCCGCUGUGGAUUCACACACUGAGCGGAUUUUCCAGAUUGAGUUUGAGGUCGUGGACACGGAGGGGGCCGUGUCGGACCCCUUCGCUUUCAUGAUCGUUGUUAAGCCCAUGAACACGCUGGCCCCCGUGGUGACCAGGAACGCCGGCCAGUUACUGUAUGAAGGUCAGUCCAGGCCUCUGUCCAGCUCGCACAACCUGGAAGUCAGCGACGAGGACAACUUAGACAAAGUCCAGAUCACUGUCAUCGACGGGCUGAGGCACGGAGAAUUAACUGUUCUGGGCUCCAGGAGGAAGUUCUUCACCCCGACCGACCUGGACGCCGGAGUGGUGAUUUAUCAACAUGACGGCAGUGACACGUACAGCGAUAACAUCAUCUUCAGAAUGACAGACGGCACGAAUGAGGUGGAGUUCCUGUUUCCCAUCACUGUGGUGCCGACCGAUGACGAGCCGCCCAUCAUCAACGCCAACACCGGUUUGGUUUUGUUCAAAAACCAAAUGAUGCCGGUGUCCUCGCUCAUGCUCAGUGCAGCAGACAUCGACUCGGAGGAUUCUACGAUCAAAUUCAUCACGGAGCCGCCCUUCUCCAGGAUCGGGCAGGUGCUGCUGCGCCAGGCCGAGGCCCCCGAGGACCCGUCCACCUGGAAGUUUAACACCGAUGAUGAAAUGUACGAGAAAGUAGUGAGCGAGUGGCUGCAGCAGGAUAUCAUCGAUGGUAAAUUGUUUUACAAGCACGUCGGGCCCCACAGCACCAGCACGGUGAUGGAUCAGUUUGUGUUUCGGGUCCAGGACGACAACGACCCGCCGAACCAAUCAGGUGAGAGCUCCUUCAUUAUCAAAAUCCUCCCUGUGGACGACCUCCCACCCGAGCUGUACCCUGGCACCACUCUGCAGAUGACCGUGCACGAGUAUCAGCUCACUCACUUCCGGAGAAAGUUCCUCCGUUACUCUGACCUGGACUCGGAGGACCGGGACCUGAAGUACGUGGUCAUCCAGCCGCCGACGGACACGGACGAGAACCACCCCGUGGUGCUGGGGACUCUGGUAUUAACUGAAAGUCCAAACACUGUGGUCACAACUUUCACCCAAGCGCAAAUCAACCACCACAAAAUAGCUUUCAAACCACCUGACCUUGAGCUGGGAAUCACCACUCAUGUUUUGCAGUUCAGGUUCGCCGUGGAGGAUGUUUCUGGAAAUAGCGUAGAGGGAGUUUUCACCAUAUUUUUACAGCCUGUGGACAACACGCCGCCUCAAAUAACCAACGCUGGCUUCACUGUGCUGGAACGCGGAACACACAUCAUCACCAGCGCUGAGCUGGACACCUCGGACACAGACACCGACAGCAGUCAGAUCAUAUUCACCGUCACACAGCCACCGCUGCACGGCCAAAUCCAGUUCACAUUCACCGACAUGACAAAAGGAAACACUUUCAACCUCCAGGAUAUUGGAAACGGCAGAAUCACGUACAUCCAUAACGGGGAUGAAUCCACAGUUGAUCUGAUCCAGAUAGAUGUAAGUGAUGGCGUCCACGUUGUCCCAAUUAGCAUCAAAAUUACCGUGAAGCCGAUUGAUGAUGAGAUUCCGAUUAUAAGUCUCCCGGCCGGCACAAUCGGCUCCUACAUAGACGUGCUGGAAAACGGAGCCACGGAAAUCACCAGUAAUGUCAUUCAGGGAAGAGACGAGGACACGGAUGACCUUCGUUUGACCUUCAUCGUCGAGGACCCGCCGUUCUUCGGUGAAAUCCUGGUGAGAGGCGUCCCGUCUCGCACCUUCACCCAGGCGGAUAUUAUCAACGGCCACGUGGUCUAUGCUCACACCAGCGGGGAGAUAGGCUUCACCACGAAGGAGGACUUCUUCAACCUCACUCUGACGGACAUGUCUGACGAGUGGACCGUCGGAGGAAACAAGAUCACAGGUGUCCGAGUGCACGUGACUAUUCUUCCCCUGGACAGCCAGGCUCCGGAGCUCUUCGUGGGGCCACAGUUCACCGUGGUCGAGGGCGAGAAGAACGUCAUUCAAAUUCUCCACAUCAGCGCUAACGAUGUCGACACCCCCAACGACGACCUCCUGUGUACGAUCAUCGUACAGCCGACUUCAGGCUACGUGGAAAACAUCUCCCCGGCCCCCGGCUCAGAGAAAUCCAGGUCUGGGACGGCCAUUAGUGCUUUCACCAUCAAGGACAUCAGCCGCAAUCACAUUUAUUAUGUUCAAAGCAUUCACAAAGGAGUGGAGCCGGUGGAGGACAGGUUUACAUUCAGAUGCUCCGAUGGCAUCAAUUUCUCUGAGAGGCACUUUUUCCCGAUCUCUAUAAUCCCCUCUAAUGAUGAAAAGCCUGAGAUUUACAUGAGAGAGUUUGUAGUCAUGGAGGGAAUGAACAUAGUCAUUGACACUCCCAUUCUGAACGGCGCCGAUGCAGAUCUCCCCACGGAUCAGCUCACGUUUAUUAUCAGCAAACCCCCGAAGCACGGAUUUAUUCUCAAUCAGCUCAUCACGGGCACCGUGCCCGUCUUUAACUUCACCUUGGAUCAGAUCCGGGAGGCCUCCAGCAUCGUGUACGAGCACGACGACUCAGAAACCACGGAGGACAGCUUCGAUAUCGUUCUCAUGGACGGAAAGUUCAGCGUGGAGAAAACCGUCAUAGUUAUGAUCAUCCCCGUGGACGACGAAACCCCGAGGAUGGCGAUCAAUGACGGGCUUGAAAUUGAAAUCGGUGACGUGAAAGUCAUCGACAGCAACGUUCUAAAAGCCACUGAUCUGGACUCUGAGGAUAGCACGCUAACUUAUAUCAUUCGCUACGGGCCCGGUCAGGGGUAUCUGCAGUGGACGACUCCCUCGGGGAUGUUGCAAAAUAUCACAGUCGGAAUGAACUUUACACAGAACGAAGUGGAUCUGGGUUUCAUCGUGUACAUCCACAACGGGCAGGAGGGGAUUCGAGACCUCAUCAAGUUCGACGUGACAGACGGCAUCAACCCUUUGAUCGACAGAUAUUUCUAUGUGACGGUGGGCGGCAUCGACAUGGUUUUCCCAGACGUGGUCAGUAAAGGCGUUUCCCUGAAAGAGGGCGGCAGGGUUACCCUGACGACAGACCUCCUCAGCACGAGCGACCUCAACAGCCCAGAUGAACACUUGGUUUUCACCAUCACCCGAGCUCCAGUGAGAGGUCACCUGGAGUGCACGGACACGCCCGGGAUGCCCAUCUCCUCCUUCACGCAGCUGCAGCUGGCCGGCAACAAAGUCUACUACCUGCACACCUCUGACGACGAGGUGAAAAUGGACAGCUUCGAAUUCGAAGUGACCGACGGCUACAACCCCGUGUUCCGCACCUUCCGCGUCUCCAUCACCGACGUGGACAACAAGAAGCCGGUGGUGACGGUGCACGGCCUGCUGGUGACCGAGGGCGAGAACAAGCUCAUCACGCCUUUCGAGCUAACGGUGGAGGACAGAGACACCAUUGACCGCCUGUUGAAGUUCACAGUCACUCAGAUCCCAGUUCAUGGUCGCCUGCUCUUUAACAACACCCGGCCUGUCGGCUCCUUCACAAAGCAGGACCUGAAUGAGAACAUGAUCAGCUACAAGCACGACGGCACGGAGAGCGCCGAGGACAGCUUCUCCUUCACCGUCACCGAUGGCACUCACACGGACUUCUUUGUCUUCCCCGACACUGUGUUCGAGACCCGAAGGCCCCAAGUCAUGAAGAUUAGCGUCGUCCCGGUGGAUAACGGGGUGCCGCAGAUUGUGGUGAACAGGGGCGCCCCAACGCUGCGGGUCCUGGAGUCAGGUCAUCUGGGGUUUGUGAUCACCAGUAAGACCCUGAAAGCCGAGGACAGAGACAGUUUGCAGAACUCCGUGACCUUUAGGAUCACGGUCGCCCCAGCACACGGGUACAUGAUCAACCUCGGGAAAGGAAAUGUCACGAUCACCACGUUCACGCAAGCUGAAAUUGACGAGAUGAACAUCUGCUACGUUCUGAGGGACGGUGACAAUCCGACAAACGACAACUUCUACUUCUCCAUCGAGGACAAUGGAGGCAACAAGCUGAAGCACCAGCAGUUCCGUCUGAACUGGGCGUGGAUCUCUUUAGAGAAGCAGAGCUACGUGGUGGAUGAAGAGGUCAAGUUCCUGGAGGUGGUGCUGCGGCGGCGAGGCUACCUGGGGGAAACUUCCUUCGUUAGUAUCGGCACAAAGGAUGGCACUGCAGAGAAGGACAAAGAUUUCCGGGGCAAGUCUCAAAAACAGGUUCAGUUCAACCCCGGUCAGACCACGGCCACCUGGAGGGUCCGCCUCCUGUCGGACAGCGAGUACGAAGUGUCCGAGACCUUCCAGAUCCUCCUCUCCGAGCCGGUGAUGGCCGCCCUGGAGUUCCCCGAGGUGGCGACUGUGGAGAUCCUGGACCCUGAUGAUGAAUCCACGGUGUUCAUCCCCUCGGCUGUUUACAACAUCGAGGAGGACAUCGGCGAGCUGCUGGUCCCAGUGCGCCGGAGUGGAGACCUCAGCCAGGAGCUCAUGGUCAUCUGCUUCACUCAGCAAGUCUCGGCCACGGGCACCGUCCCCACCAGGGUCCUCUCCUACUCCGACUACAUCUCCCGGCCUGAGGACCACCACAGCAUCCUGCGUUUCGACAAAGGCGAGGUGGAGAAAUCCUGCCGGGUGGUGAUCAUCGACGACUCCCUGUACGAAGAGGAGGAGAGCUUCAUCGUCAGCCUCAGCCUGCCCAUGGGGGGGCGUUUGGGCGCGGAGUUUCCAGAAACCACAAUUACAAUCAUCCCCGAUGCAGACGACGCGCCCGUCUUCUACUUCGGCCACACGGACCACCACGUGGACGAGAGCGACGGCUUCGUGGAGGUGCAGGUGUGGAGGACGGGCACCGACCUGUCCAAAGCCGGCACCGUCACCGUGCGCUCCAGGAAGACGGAGCCCGUCUCGGCCGAGGCCGGUGUAGAUUACGUGGGGAUCAGCCGGAAUCUGGACUUCGCACCGGGGGUCACCAUGCAGACUUUCCGUGUGACCAUCCUGGAUGACCUGGGCCAGCCGGUGCUCGAGGGGCCGGAGAGGUUUGAGCUGAUUCUCCGGAUGCCGAUGAGCGGCGUCCUCGGGGAGCCGAGCAAAUCCACGAUCCUCAUCAACGAUUCUGUCUCUGACCUGCCAAAGGUGCAGUUCCGCGAUGCUGUGUACGUGGGGAACGAGGACUCGGGGAGGAUCUCAGCCACGGUGUACCGCAGCGGUGACAUCAGCUACCGAUCCACCGUGCGCUGCUACAGCAGGCAGGGCACGGCCCAGGUCAUGAUGGACUUCCACGAGAGGCCCAACACAGACGCUUCCAUCAUCACCUUCCUACCAGGAGAGAUUGAGAAGCCUUGUGUUCUGUUGCUCGUCGACGACACGGAGCACGAGGAGGAAGAAGAACUCCGUCUCGUGUUGGGAAGCCCGAAGAGCGAAUCUCCUUUUGGAGCAUCUGUCGGAGGACAGAACGAGACGCUCGUCAAGAUCAAAGACGAAGCAGACAAGGCGAUCAUUAGGUUCGGAGAGACCAAGUUCAGCGUGAACGAGCCCAAGGAAAGUGGGCAAGUGUCCGUGGUGAAGAUCUCAGUGCUGCGAGUCGGAGACACAUCCAAGGUCUCCGUGGUCCGAGUUCACACCAAGGACGGAUCCGCCACUUCUGGGGAGGACUACCAUCCCAUCUCCGAGGAACUCGUGUUCAAAGAGGGCGACACGGAGCACUACGUGGAGGUGGAGGUUCUGUACGACGGCGUCAGAGAGAUGAGGGAGGCGUUCACCGUUCACCUGAAGCCGGAUGAGAACAUGGUGGCGGAGACGAAGAUGAGCAAAGCAAUAAUCUACAUCGAGGAGAUCAACAGCAUGGCGGAUGUCACCUUCCCCUCGGUGCCCAGAGUGGUUUCUCUGCUGCAGUACGACGACAUCGACAGGAACAGGGACUCGCUGCCUCUGGCUGGAUACCCGGUCAUCUGUGUCACGGCCUGUAAUCCCAAAUACCCAGACUACGACAAAACCGGCUCCAUCUGUGUGAGCGAGAACAUCAACAACACCCUGACUCGCUACCGCUGGCUCGUGAGCGCCCCCACCGGCCCCGACGGCGUCACCAGCCCGAUGCGGGAAGUGGACUUCGACACCUUCUUCACCUCCUCUAAGCUCAUCACUUUGGACUCGGUGUACUUCCAGGCCGGUUCCAGGGUCCAGUGCGCUGCCAGGGCCGUGAACUCCAACGGGGAUGAAGGUCUGGAACUCCCCAGCCACGUAGUGUCCGUCAGCUUGGACGAGGGAAUGUGUCAGCCCCGUGUUGUCGGCACAGUGGGCGCCGAGCCCUUCUCUGCCAAGCUGCGCUACACCGGAGGCGAAGACACGGACCACCCCAACCUCAUCAAAGUAACUGUCACCAUGCCUCACAUCGAUGGUAUGUUGCCCAUAGUCUCCACCCGGCCCCUCUCCAACUUCGAGCUCACGCUGAGCCCUGACGGAACCCGUGUCGGCCACCACCGCUGCUCGAACCUCCUGGACUUCACCGAGGUCAAGACCCGCCACGGCUUCCUCACCGACGCCACCAAGAAUCCAGAAGUCAUCGGCGAGACGGCCCCUUACCAGUUCAGCAGCUCCCUCCGGGGGUCCGGCACGCUGCGGUUCUACAGGAACCUCAACCUGGAGGCGUGUCUGUGGGAGUUCACCAGCUACUACGACAUGUCCGAGCUGCUCAGCGACUGCGGAGGCACCAUUGGGACUGAUGGACAGGUGCUGAAUCUGGUCCAGUCCUACGUGACCUUACGAGUCCCUCUCCAUGUGUCCUACGUCUUCCACUCGCCCGUGGGAGCAGGUGGAUGGCAGCACUUCGACUUGCAGUCAGAGCUCAGGCUCACAUUCGUGUACGACACUGCCAUCUUGUGGAGGGAUGGGAUCGGUAGCCCGCCAGAGGCUGAACUACAAGGUGCCCUCUACCCAACCAGCAUGCGUAUCAAUGGCCACGGACGCCUGGUGGUCAACUUCCGCACUGAGGCUCGGUUCAGAGGCCUUUUUGUGUUUGGACAUCCAGCUUCACCUCUCACCUCCAUGGUCAUGUGUCCGGAGCACCCUGGUUUGACCUUUAACAUCAGCCUCGUGAGGAAUGAGCCGACCUACAACCAGCCCAUCCAGCAGUGGACCUUCAUCUCCGAUUUUGCCGUGCGUGACUACUCGGGCACGUACACAGUGAAGCUGGUUCCGUGUACAUCCCCCCCCAGCCUGGAGUACACAAUCCCUCCUGUGUGCAACCCCAGAGAACCUCUGACCUUCGACCUGGAUAUUCGCUUUCAGCAGGUGAGCGACCCCGUGGCCGCUGAGUUCAGUCUGAACACGCAGAUGAUCCUAAUCUCCAAACGCUCGCUGUGGCUCUCCGACGGCUCCAUGGGCUUCGGACAGGAGAGCGACACGGCCUUCUCACAGGGAGAUACGGUUUACAGCCGAGUGAUGGUGGAUCCGGUGCAGAACUUGGGCGACUCCUUCAUUUGUAACAUAGAAAAAGUUUUCCUCUGCACCGGCGCUGAUGGAUACGUCCCCAAAUACAACCCCACUAACUUUGAGUUUGGCUGUCUGGCCGACGCCCCGUCGAUUCUCUACAGAUUCAAGAUCAUUGACAAGGCCCAACCGGAGACUCAGGCUCGGUCAUUUGGCAGCGUGGCUUUCAACGCCUUCCUGGCGGUGGACGACCCCGGCGCUUUGGCUCUGGUGAGGCAACCUGGGUCCGACGGUUUCAAAAUGGAUUCCACAGCUCUCUUCCAGGUGUCUGCAGGACGAGAGUGGUUCAUUCACACCAUCUACACCGUUCGUUCCCGGGACAACGCUAACCGUGGCAUAGGGAAGAGGAGUGUGGAGUACCAUGUGAUGAGCCAGCACACAGACCUGCUUCCGAAGGGUCAAGGACGCGUCAGGAGGUCGGCCAACGACUCGCCGGACGUGAUCGAGGAGAUCGGCGUGAGCAACAACCGGGGAACCAACAUCCUGCACAUCGCACUGGACCCCGGCGCCCAGCGGAGGACGAGCCCGGAGAGGGAGGUGUUCACCAAAGGGAUCGUCCCCCGGGAGGUCAACCAGCGAGAGGACGGGGACGACGGACUCGUGCUGAUCAUCGGCGUCUUCGUGGGGCUGCUCCUCACGGUUCUCAUCGUCAUCGUGGUGGUGCUGCUCGCCCGGUCCAAGCGAGAGAAGAAGGAAGUCCCCAGGACCUCCAGCAGCGCCGAGCCCAUGAUGACGCACGGCCUCGGGGGGGGCGACAGCUCCGAGGUUUAA